AUGACUCGACCUUUGGGAGAAUUCCCCCAUUGCCCUGGAGCUUGGUAUUCCUCCGACGAAGACUCACGAGAACGCAAACGUCCGCGCAUUAGCGAAUCCACCCCAACCCCAAUAGCACCCCCUCUGGCCUUCGUCAACCCUCCAGUCGAAGCAUCCAUUCCGGCCGAAGAAGCACCUGCAGAAGAAGCACCUGCAGUCGAAGACCAGGCCUUUCCGGAAUCUCCCCAAGCCUCUCAAAGCACACAGGCAUACGCGGACCGCUUGGUACUGGCAUUUGACUAUCUCAAGGAAGGCGAAGAACCACCUCCAGUUGAAGAGGACUCCCAGGCCUCUGAAGACAACGAUUUCGAAGACUUUGACUCGGUCGCUCUCCUAGCAGCGUACGAAGCACACAUACAGCAAAUCAAGGACCACCACGCCACCCUCGCUGCAACAAAAACAGUUGUACCAGAAAUUGCAAGCAGAACUAGUAGAGCCGAUACAGAAUCUCUCCCAGAAGCCUCUGGUAGAGCCUCUCCUGGACCCGAAGGCCUAACAGGCUCUCGACCACACGCAUCCAGCCUCGAGGUAGGCCGCUCCGCCUUGCAAGAAGAGCAACAAAGCAAAAUCUCCAAACCCCCAACUCCGAGUCGACCCCCCUUUGAAUAUACUGGUAAUCCGGAAGAAAGUGACACCGAAAGCGACACAACUAUCCUCGACGAACCCGACGCCCCCCAAUCAGCAAAGGCUCGUUCAAAGGCUCCUGCGACCCCUGAAAAGGCUCAAAAGGCUUCAGCCGAUUCACCAAGCAUGCCACCACGCAGGGGAAGAGCCUCAGCUGCCUAUAAAAUUACCAGUAUUGAACAGAUGAGGGAGAUUCUGCAACUUACCGGAAGAGAUGAUGUCUACAGGGCUCUCCGUACUGCGCUCAGUGACCAGAUGACAAGAAUUGGCUGGGUCAACAAGACAACCUCUGGACUUGAUUUAUUCGAGCAAUUGAGGGAUUGGCUUAUAAAUCACAAAGGUCUCAAAGCCUUAAAGCAAAGUUACAUGAGGGAGGGCUCGGGGGCCUCCGAGAAGAUCAAAGCAGCCCUCGGUUAUCUCAUUGGCGACCGAUCCCACAAAGUGAACAGAGCCCACACCCGUGGAGCCAGGGCUUUAGCCGGGAUCAAUGAGGGGGGAGGCGAGUCCAACGAGAAUCCCACCUUGGCUGCGGCAGAGGUUUGGAAGGCCAUGGGAAUACCCUACAGGCCUGCAAUAACCAUACAUGUUAUUGACCCAACGAAGAUGGGAGCCGUCGUCAGGGCGGCUUACCGUGAGAUUGACUGGUACGGUCCAGCAGCACUACCGGUGUCUAUAGGCGUCCUCGAGGAGGUGUCCUUAGCAGAGUUGGCCAAGGUCGCAAUGAAGCGUGUCCCAAAGGUUGCCGACGGUCUGCCCCCGAGGGUCAUCCGGGCCUUCUACGGAGCCAUGUCAAACGGACCCCCUAGGACGGCUGGGGCAGCGUAUGCACUUAAUCCGGAAAAUGUUCGUAUUGGUGACGCGGAGGAGUUGGAGGCCUGGCGCAAGACCAGUGAAGCCAAACCUUUGAGGCUUUGUGCCGUGCUCCAUAGGCCUCGUGCACUGCUUGCCGGGCCUAGACAUAGACCCGAAACUCCUCCGCCUGAUGGGUGGGAGGACCUGGAUGAACACGAUUUCCAAAUGAUAGAAGUCGAUAAGGAGGAGCAAAUGCUUACCUUUAUUGAUAAGGUAAAUAACACUGGUCUGAAUUUUGCUAUGCCCCAAAGCGAUACCGGUUUCCAGGAGUUAAUGGCGGUAUUUGAUGAACGGGUGGAAAGAUACCAAACAAUAGGGCGUAGGCUAGUUAGGCGGUAUAGAUUGAAGUUUCCGAAUGGCAUUGGCUUUAUGUCUUGCCACUAUGACCGCCUCAAGAUUUGGACAUUGGCUGAGAGAAACCAUCUAUUUAGGCAUAGCGGCGGCAUAGUUGGAGACGAAAACGAUGUCGAAGGAGAAGGCGACGACGAUGAGGAUGACGAUGACGGUAACUGA